UCAAAAUUGUCUCCUAGACACACACGCUACAGGGUAGCGGAGUGGUGGCUUCCGGGAUUGUGGACAGCAUGCCGACAGCAGAGGCAGACGGCGAGGCAGCGGAGCGUCUGCUCGAAGACGACGACAGCGACCUCCGACCCGCACUGCAACGCCUGCACACGGCCGACGAGGCCGGCGAUGGCAACGAACAGCAAUUAAAUGCAGCGGAGCAUGCGCGAGUUCGCAAACUGCUGUACGCAUCGCACUUCCUGUCGACGUGGAACGCACGCCUCUUCGAGUUUGGCAGCUUCCUGUUCCUCGCGAGCCUGUUCCCGGACACGCUGCUGCCCGCCUCCAUCUACGCCCUGUCCCGCUCCGCCGCGGCGGCCCUGCUGUCGCCGCUGCUGGGCUCCUACAUCGAUAAGGCCGACCGACUGAAGGCGGUGCGCGUCUCAAUCGUCAGUCAGCGUUUGGCCGUGUCCCUCUCGUGCCUGGGCCUCUUCCUUAUAGCCGAAUUCAUCUCUCUGCGCAGCCGCCAAUGGUUUCCCGUCUGUCUCCUGCUGCUUUCCAUUUUGGCGUGCGUGGAGAAGCUAGGAUCGGUCCUCAACACCAUCUCAGUGGAGCGCGACUGGGUCGUCAUCGUGGCUCAGGGACAUGGCGAGAGACUCCGAGCACUCAAUUCACAGAUGCGCCGAAUCGACCUUUUCUGUAAGCUGUUCGGGCCGCUAGCUAUUGCCUUGCUGGAUGGCUACUCCACAAAGAUUGCCAUCAUCGCGACUGGUGCUUUGACUCUACUUUCCGUCUUCAUCGAAUAUUUCACCAUUGCAAGAGUCUACAGCGUGAUUCCAGCGCUUAGGGAGCCCAAGAGACUAACACUGUCUCGAAUUCCGAGUCGUGACGCCGUGCUCGCCAGAGUCAAGACCUACAUGGCGAAGUCCAGGAGCUACGCUAGAAACCCGGCAUUCUUGCCGUCCUUCUCACUUGCUUUGCUGCACCUCACUGUGCUCUCUUUCAGUGGGCAAAUGGUCACAUAUUUGGUGGCUCUGGGGCUAUCGUCUACCAUGAUCGGCUCUCUGAGGGCGGCGUCUGCUGUUUCAGAACUGUCCGCCACCUACUUUGCCCCGAAGAUCAUGUCCCGGAUCGGAGCUAUAAGAGCAGGUAUCUGGUUUCUGAACUGGGAAAUCGCCUGCUUGAUUGCGGCUUGUUUCGUGCUCUGGUGGCAACUGAGUCCUGAAGCAACUGCCAUCGGUCUGGUCUCGACGGUUGUUGCAAGCCGACUUGGCCUUUGGGGCUAUGAUCUGAGUGCUCAGCUAAUCGUACAAGAAGAAGUCGAAGAAGCCGAUCGAGGCACCUUCUCCAGCCAAGAAUUCGCUUUACAGAACAUCUUUGAGAUGUUCGCUUUUGCAAGCACCAUCUUCUUCUCACGGCCCGCACAAUUCAAAUAUCCUGCGACUAUUAGUGCUGCCGCGGUGGCACUCGCGGGAGUCUUUUACUCGGUUUUCGUCCGAGCAAGGAGAGGCCAUUUGAUUCACGUUUGUCGAUGCCUCGAUCGACACGAGAUGCGCAAAAAGCAUCAUCACUGGUGGCAGACUAUUCCUGAGGCAGACCCUCUCGUCGGAAACGAGGAUGAUGGGCAUGGGUAUAGCACACCUGUGGCAGAGUCUGGUGAAGCCGUAUCCCCUCCAGAUCGAGAGCACUAAACUGAGUGAGACUAAAAUAUACCCUAUCAGCAAGACAAUAUGUGGCCACAGGAGCAGUCACUUGCUCCAGUGCUCCCAAAAAGGAU